ACUUCCGGGAGAGCGCCGGAAGUACGGCGUCCGACUCAGGCCGUUACGCGUUGUCCUCCUCGCUGUCGGAUUUGUUAGAGUCGGACGGGAACCGGAUGCGCCCGAGGCCUGAGUCCAAGCCGACUCCACCGUCGUGACCACUGGCGAGUCCUUUUUCUCUGCUUUCAUUGCCUCAGCUCUGAAGUGAGUCGUGGACGAGCCGAUCUCGGCGUCCUGCUUGGAGAACCGGGUCGUUCUGGCAGCUUUCGUGGGAUCCGAGGGCCAGAGAGACAUUGUAUCACUCCUCAGUAAAAGGCCCGUCCUCAUCUUCAAAAGAGUCCUGGGUUCUCAGCCUACCAUCUAAAAAACUCAGGAGGAAGAGUUGAGAGUCUCCGCAUCCCUCACCCCCCUGGGACAGGACCCACCAUGUCUCAGGCCACCAAGAGGAAACAUGUGGUGAAGGAGGUGCUGGGGGAGCACAUGGUGCCCUCUGACCAGCAGCAGAUCGUGAGGGUCCUCAGGACCCCAGGGAACAACCUACAUGAGGUGGAGACAGCCCAGGGGCAGCGCUUCCUGGUGAGCAUGCCCUCCAAGUACCGCAAGAACAUCUGGAUCAAGAGAGGGGACUUUCUCAUCGUUGACCCUAUUGAAGAAGGAGAGAAGGUGAAGGCUGAGAUCUCCUUUGUGCUCUGCAAAGACCACGUGCGCUCUCUGCAGAAGGAUGGGCACUGGCCCGAGGCCUUCUCCCAAGUGGCUGAGAAAGACAACAACAAUAGGAACAGACAGACUCAGCCAGAACUCCCAGCUGAGCCACAGUCAUCAGGAGAAGAGUCCAGCUCUGAAGACGAUUCUGACCUUUUUGUUAACACCAACCGCAGACAGUAUCAUGAGAGCGAGGAGGAGAGUGAAGAGGAAGAGGCGGCCUGAGACCGUGGGACCCACUUCUCCUCUUGCUCAGAGACUGGUCCUGGCCUCCUUUGAGUGUGGACAUUCCCAGGGGGCUCUGCGGAUCUUUCCCCCUGGAUGGGGACAAGGCAGGGCCCCUCUCUGAACUGACCUUCUGACAUGGGAGAAUUAAACCCCUGGUGGGUGCUGACUCA